AUGACCAUAAAAGGAAAAAUGCUUGGUUUGACAGCUAAGUUUCUAAUGAACAAAGCUCAAUAUUUUGCUAGAAUGAGGAGUGUGGAUAUGUUUGAGGCUGUUUUUGCUCUACUUAUCUAUGGAUUGUUCCUCUUUCCUAGUUUUGAUGACUUCGUUUCCAUGGAUGUCAUCAAGAUCUUCUUAAUAGGAAAUCCAGUUCCUACUUUGCUUGUUGAUGCCUAUCAUUCUGUUCAUAUGAAUAUUGUUUGGUAUAGUCGUGACUAUGAUGGAGUUAGUAUCAUUGAUAGUUGUGGAGGAUUUUCUAAUGUACCUCUUCUUGGUACAAAAGGAGGCAUCAGUUAUAACCCAAUCCUAGCUCUUUAUCAACUCGGUUAUCCAAUGAGAGAUAAGCCAAAGAAUAUUCACUUGGAAGGUUUGUUCUUUAAGGAAUGUGAAGAUUGCAAAGCGCUCAAAGAGAAGAUUGUGCACGCUUGGCACCAUGUUCAUAAUCUAGAAAAGAAAGUUUUUGGGAAGACAAAUUGUGUCUCUUUAGAACCUUACCUUAAAUGGGUGCAAGAUAGGGCCAUCAGCUUGAAAAUUCCUUAUCCUCGCCAAGAGCCUUUGCCUUUAGCUGACAAAGAACCUACUUAUAUCUUCAUGACUGAUGCAGAGAAGUUGAAGAUUGCUUUGACCAAAGUGCAGCGAGAAAGGGACGCUUUGAAGGACAAGUAUCAAAUCAUCAACAAUGAGGAUGAAUAA